CUGCCAUAUGAUGAUAUGCCUGAUUACACCAGUAAGAAUUUGAAAUUGUAAAUUAUACAGGGGAAUUCCAUCAUCUCUAACACUCAAAAUGUGUUUUAGAAAACUGGAGGAAGGAGUAACUUAUUUUUAACCACAGUCACAUGUAGGCUGGUUUCAUGUUCAGUCGACAGGAUGUCUGAGAUACAUGUUUACAGUGUUGUAUGUUUGCAACCAAAGUUCAUUUUGAGAUGCUGGGAUUCUUCAGGCAUGCCAAUGGCUGUGUAAUGUCAUGAUCAUGUACACAAGUUAAGGUACCCUCCAACAGACAUUUUUCUUCAGUAUGAACUUCCCCCUUGAUACCCCUUUGGAAUGCUCUGCUCUUCCCCCUGGAAUUUCUGAAGACCUUCCUUGGGAGUUGGACUUACUAGGUAUUUCCUAGAACUCCACACUUGGAAAUGGUAUGGUACCUUACACAUGAAGGAAGUUGAACAUUACAAAAAACAAGGAAAUUCUCACUUUGACUUUGAACUUACAUGUAGAUCCUAGGGAAGUGCGGUGGCCUCGUUGUUGGUGCACUCGUCUCCAGAUCAAGCGGUCCAGGUUUGAGCCCUGGCCGGGGACUUUGUGUUGUGUUCUUGGGCAAGACACUUUACUCUCACAGUGCCUCACUCAGUAUCCAUGCAGGUGGAUAAAUGGGUAUAAACGGCAAACUUAAUGCUGUGGUUAACCCUGCAAUGAACUAGCAUCCCAUCCAGUAGGGGAGUAGAUAUACUCCUCUAGAGUUCCCUCAUGCUACAGAAACCGGAACAUUUAGCUCCGUCCUGAUGGACCACUUGGUUCAAAUGCAGACCUUACCUUUUUUAAUGUACAUCUAGAUUGUAAUUUACACUCAAGACAUAUUUUCUUACAUGAUAGUAAGUUAUUAAAUUAAAAUCAGUGUCGCAGUGAUUGCUCUGUAACUCUUUUCCUUUUUUUCCAAGGUAUUCAUCUUCUAUGAAGAGUUUAAGCAACAAGUUUAUGCAUCUGACAAAUUACAGCAUCAACAAGAAGAAUGAAGGAGCAUACCAAGCGAACUCAGAUGAAACUGUUUGUCAGGGUCACAAAUGGAGUUUGAAAGCUCUUUGGGGUUAUAUGAAGCGCAUUAACAUCAACCAUGCUCAUGUUUGGGAGACAAUCAAGGACCUGGUUGUCAAAGCCAUCAUAGCGUCUGAUUCUUCAGUUAACACUAUGGUGAAACAAAAUGUGAGAAAAAGAUCCUGCUGUCAUGAGCUAUUUGGGUUUGAUGUCAUGUUGGAUGAAAAUCUUAAACCCUGGCUCUUGGAAGUGAAUAUAUCACCAAGUCUUCAUUCCACAUCUCAACUGGAUCGUAACAUCAAGGGUCAGAUGAUCAAGGACUUGUUAAACCUUGCUGGGUUUUGCAUUCCAGAAAAUUUGGUCACAACUUCAACUUCAAGCACAAGCAACAUGAACCAGUUUGUCCAGGACAAGGGAGUGCCAGGUCUCUCUGCAGACGAAAGAGCUAAGCAUGCAUUUUACGUUCAGCGUCAUUUGGAUGAGCGCACCAAGCAGUCAAUUCUGGACAUCUUGACCCCAGAUGACAUAAGGAUGUUGAUGGAGACAGAAGAUGAGAACAGUAGAAGAGGAUGUUUCCAAAGAGUUUUUCCAUCACUCUCAUCUAACAAGUAUUUAAGAUUUUUUGAGUCGCAGAGAUACUACAAUAUCUUGCUGGAUGAAUGGACGAGAAAAUACAUGAGAGAGGGACGUAGUACAGCAUUAGGUGUAGCUGUUCUUCAGGGAUAUGCUGAGAGGAAACUUCACCUUGGGCCAACAUCAGAUCCUGCCCAUCAGGUGAGAAAAUAAAUCAUGAAAGUUUUCUCACAUUUCGCAGUUUAUAGGUAGCAAACAGUUAUCUGAUGAUGCACAGCGUGAGUAAAUCCAAUAUUUUGAUAACAGACAGUGACUGUGAUUGA